GUGAGUGGUAACAUUUUCCUGUAAUGGCGGACCAGGCAGAGAGCGAGACCAUCGGAUUCAGCGACAACAGAAUGGCGCAGCAGGCAGUGCGGUUCCGCGGCCCUGCCCCAGCACCUGCGCCCGUCCAGACCCCAGUGUUACGUGGCCCACCACCACUCCUCAGGCCACCACCUCCUCCUUUUGGCAUGAUGAGGGGACCGCCGCCACGACCCCCGUAUGCACGUCCACCCUUUGACCCCAACAUGCCACCCAUCCCACCACCAGGAAGCAUGCCGCCACCUAUCGGACCUCCUCACUUACAGAGACCUCCAUUCCUUCCACCUCCCAUUGGUAACCUCCCGCCUCCUCCUGGGAUGCUGUUCCCUCCUGGGAUGCCUCCCGUUCCUUCAUCUCCAACCCCUGCACUCAAUCCUACAGAGGAGAUCUGGGUAGAGAACAAGACGUCAGAGGGGAAGGCGUAUUACUAUAAUGCCAGGACCAGAGAGUCAUCGUGGAGUAAACCUGAUGGUGUGAAAAUCAUCCAGCAGUCUGAACUCAACCCUCUUCUUGUGGGGACAGGAGCAAGUGGGGGGGUGACUGCAGCUGGCAGCUCAAGCACCGUCAACACUACAGCCAGCACGGCCGCAUCCUCGACUCAGGCCCUGUCCACAACCUCCUCCCGCACACUCGCCUCCAGUCCAGACUCCCCCUCCCCCUCCGUGACAAUUGCAGCAACAUGUGUAGCAGACCUUACCCCUGUUGCCACGGUGACCUCAACCGUUGGUGUGUCUCCAGUCACUGUGGUGACUGUUUCCACGGUGCCGUCGCCUGUUACCGCGGUGCAGACUGUGUCACUUCUGCCUGCGGGCCUGUCUCACAGUGCAGGCCUGUCUCACGGUGCGGGCCUGUCUCACGGUGGGGGCGUGUCUCACAGUGUGCUCCAGUCCAACGCUGCCAUGUCUGCCUUCCCCCCUGUCAUGGUGCCACCUUUCAGGGUGCCUUUGCCGGGCAUGCACAUUCCUCUACCAGGUGUAGCAAUGAUGCAGAUAGUAGGUGGACCCUGUAUAAAGGCAGGCCCCGGCGCCAACGGCAUGCUUCCUGGUAUGGGUCCGCCUUUAGUUUCCAUGAUGCACCCCGGGCUGGCUCUCUCGGCUGCCCCUGCUUCCAUGCACCUCCCCGAGUGGUCAGAGUACAAAACAGCUGAUGGGAAAACGUACUACUACAACAACAGAACACUGGAGUCAACCUGGGAGAAACCACAGUCCCUGCUGGAGAAAGAAAGAGAAGCAGAAAAGCUCAAGCAGCGUUUGGCCCAGGAGGAAGCCGAGGCAAUGGAGAUGGAGGACGAAGAGAACAAAAAUGAAAACACUAACAAUGAGAAGGAGGAGCCCAAAGAAGAAGAGAUGACUGAAGAGGAAAAAGCCGCCCAGAAAGCCAGGCCUGUAGCCACCAACCCUAUCCCUGGCACACCAUGGUGUGUGGUAUGGACGGGUGACGAACGCGUGUUUUUCUACAACCCCACAACACGGCUGUCCAUGUGGGACCGGCCCGAGGAGCUGGUGGGUCGAGCUGACGUCGACAAGCACAUCCAGGAGCCGCCACACAAGAGAGGCCUGGAGGACAGCAAGAAGACAGGAAUCAAUAAGGAAGAGCCAGAGUUAGCGAUGGCUACUGAAGAAAAUCUGGAUGAGGAGCCAACCAAAGCCAAAAAGAGGAAGAAGGAGGACGCGAAGGAGGCGGACUCAGAGAAGGAAGCAGCAAUGGAGGCAGAACUCAGAGCUGCCAGAGAAAGAGCCGUAGUGCCCCUGGAGGCCAGGAUGACCCAGUUCAAAGAAAUGCUGCUGGAAAGAGGGGUGUCUGCAUUCUCAACUUGGGACAAAGAGCUUCAUAAGAUUGUGUUUGACCCACGUUACCUUCUGCUCAACCCAAAAGAAAGAAAACAGGUGUUUGACCAGUAUGUGAAGACGCGAGCGGAGGAGGAGAGGAAGGAGAAGAAAAACAAGCUGAUGCAGGCAAAAGACGAGUUCAGGAGGAUGAUGGAGGAGGCCAAGUUCACACCCAGAACAACAUUUAGUGAAUUUGCCAUGAAGAAUGGCCGAGACCCGCGAUUUAAGACCAUAGAGAAGAUGAAGGACAGGGAGACCAUCUUUGUGGAAUUUAUGACCGCUAUGAGGAAGAGGGAGAAAGAGGACUCCAAGUCCAGAGGAGAGAAGGUGAAGUUAGACUUCUUCGAUCUUCUGAAUGAGCAGCACAUAGAGGGAAGCCAGCGAUGGAGCAAAAUUAAAGAGAGGCUGGAGACGGACCCGCGAUACAAGUCUGUGGACAGCUCUGCACUCAGAGAAGAACUUUUCAAACAGUACAUGGAUAAACAAGCCAAGAACGUUGACGUCGACAAGGAGCGAGAGCUGGAGCGGCAGGCUCGUAUCGAGGUCAGUCUCAGAGAGAGGGAGCGUGAAGUUCAAAAGGCCCGAUCAGAACAGACCAAAGAGAUCGACCGGGAAAGGGAGCAGCACAAGAGGGAGGAGGCCAUCCAGCAUUUCAAAGCUCUCAUGUCCGAUAUGGUUCGUUCUUCGGAUGCAACGUGGUCGGACACGCGUCGUAACCUGAGGAAGGACCAUCGCUGGGAGUCGGCUUCGCUGCUGGAGAGAGAGGAGAAGGAGAAGCUGUUUAAUGAACACGUAGAAGCUCUGGCCAAGAAGAAGAAGGAACAUUUCAGGCAGCUUCUGGAUGAGACCAACACGAUCACCUUGACAACAAGUUGGAAGGAGGUGAAGAAGGUCAUCAAAGAGGAUCCUCGCUGUAUUAAGUUCUCCUCCAGUGACAGGAAGAGACAACGUGAGUUUGAAGACUACAUCAAGGACAAGUACAUCACGGCCAAAGCUGAUUUCAGGACGCUGCUAAAGGAGACAAAGUUCAUCACGUACAGGUCAAGGAAACUAAUCCAGGAGUCAGAGCAGCAUCUGAAGGACACGGAGAAGGUCCUUCAGAACGACAAGCGUUACCUUGUUCUGGACUGUGUCCCCGAGGAGCGCAGGAAGCUCAUCAUGUUCUACAUUGAAGACCUAGACCGCCGCGGUCCACCACCUCCCCCCACGGCCUCCGAGCCCACCAGACGCUCUACCAAGUGAAGAGUAGCGCCACCUUCUCGGCCAGUGUCCUUCUCGUCCUUGCCCUCCACUCGGCCAGAGCAUGACCUCGCCCCAACAUCCCCCUCAUCCCCGCCCUCCUGGCCCAUGGCUGGCCUUGAAGUGUUAUUGCUGGGGGUUAUGUUGCUUAGAGAUGUACCAGAGAGAUGAAUUGUAGAGGUCUCUGUGUUAUGUCGCCUCUUAGCCGUGAAUUAGCCCUUCAUUCGAAGCAACAGCAGGGAGCAGAGGUUACCUGAUCUCAAGGUGACCCUUGACCCCUCACCUCUGACUGACCACAUUUGAGGGAGAGAGAUAGUGACGUGGCUGCUGCCCAGGCAGACAAAGAGGUGUAAGAUAACAGAUGUAAAUGAAGAUGAGCGUGCGUGGGAGUGUGUCUGUGAGUGUGUGUGUGUAUGCAUGUGUCUGAGGCGUUCUUAAGCCUUACUUCUCCACUGUGCCACUUAUCAGUUUAGCGGCUCAGCGUGAAUGUUAGUUUCUGCUCAGUGGUUUACUCCUAUAUUGAUGAAAUAAAGGCAACUUCCACUGUUUUUCAA